UCCGCGCUCUUCCUGACAUCUCUGUGUUCUUUUCUUUUCUUCUUCUUUUUUUUUUAAGAUUCAUUUCAUUUAAAAAAAAUAAUCGGAGAAAAGGAAAUAUUCUUUCGUUCUGUUGGCCUUUUUCUAUAUAUAUAAAAAUAAUCCUUGUCACCUUUCCGACCAAAUCACGGAGCCUCUGCCUUCUAGUCUCCCUGCGUCCCCAUUCCUCCCUUCAUUCCUUAAUCGCUCUCUCUCUCUCUCUCUGCCUCCCAGAUCGAGGAGGAGCCAUGUCGUUCCGAAUGUCAAGUGCAUCCUCUGGGAUGGGAGUAGCUGAACACAGCAAGAAUACAUUUCUUGAACUGAAAAGGAAGAAAGUGCAUCGUUAUGUGAUAUUCAAGAUUGAUGAAAAGAAAAAGGAGGUUGUUGUUGAGAAGACAGGAGCUCCAGGGGAGAGCUAUGAUGAUUUUGCUGCUGCAUUGCCUGAGAAUGAUUGUCGAUAUGCUGUCUACGACUUUGAUUUUGUGACUGAUGAGAACUGCCAGAAGAGCAAGAUAUUUUUUAUUGCAUGGUCUCCUGCCAUCUCCCGCAUCCGUGCUAAGAUGCUGUACGCCACAUCGAAGGAUAGAUUUCGACAGGAGCUUGACGGCAUCCAUUACGAGAUUCAGGCCACCGACCCCACAGAGAUGGAUAUGGAUGUGCUCAGAGACCGGGCAAACUAAAGUCUGCAAAGCCGGACGGACGAAAUAUUUGUUGCAACGGUGAUGCCAUAUUAAAUUUAUAAUAAAUUAAUAAAUAUUUUUAUAUUUUAUUAAUUAUUAUUAUAUUUUACAUUGAUUUUUAUAGAUACUAUCUCAUAUUAUUUUAUAUAUUUUAUUUAUUUUUAAUUUUUUUAUUGAUUUGUUACAAUGGUGACAUGGUAUCACCGAUGCAAAUGAAUAUUUUCUCGUGAUUUGGUCGCACGCACAAACUUUUGUCAUGACAAACAGCUUGAUAUGGGCCUCGCUCCCUUAGGUGUAUUUGAUCAGGUGCAUCGUCGAGUUCAAUGCGGAAUCGCUUAUUUGAAUAAAUACUGUCUGCACCUGAGAGGGCUAAUGGAAGAGCUCGUUUAUUUUGGGUAGAUGGUUAAUAUUUUGUCUGAAA